CUCAUCUCUCUUUAUUUGUUCCACAUUUCCUUUCAAUUCCAUUCAACCAAUUCAAUUCACUCUUAAAAAAAAAGUAACAUAAAAAGACUCUGAAAUGGACGUUCUUAUUCAUGACUCCAAUUAUAAUCCUCAAACGUCGCUCAUGACAUAUUCUCAUCCUGGCACAUUUAUUGUGUGCUCUUAUUUUGUGGCCUGGGCUAUCUAUGCCAGGAACCAUAAUGUCUUUGACCUGCCAGUCCAAAAUUUGACCCAUGUUCUGUACGCGUUUGCAAAUCUCGAUGCUGAUGGUCGCGUAUUCCUUGGUGACCCCUGGGCAGAUACCGACAAGCAUUAUGAAGACGACUCUUGGAAUGAUACUGGAAAUAAUUUGUACGGUAAUUUCAAGCGACUCGGACUUUUGAAGAGGCGAAAUCGUCAUUUGAAAGUAUCGCUUAGUAUUGGUGGAUGGACUUGGUCAACCAAUUUUGCCGGCGUGGCUGCUUGUCCUCAAAAGCGUGCGAACUUUGUCAAGACUUCGAUUGAAUUAUUGAAUAACUUGGGUCUGGAUGGACUAGAUAUCGAUUGGGAAUACCCCAAGACAUCUGAGGAUGCUGUCAACUAUGUGUCCUUGCUUCGCGAAUUACGUCAGGGAUUGGAUCAGUAUGCGGCUGCAAAAGGAGAUCCCAUCCCUUAUCUUCUUACAGGUGCCAUGCCUUGCGGCGAGACUCAGUACUCGCUGUUGCGUUUGAGUGAGAUGAAUCAAUACAUGGAUGCAUUCUACUUGAUGGCCUACGACUUGGCUGGAUCAUGGUCAGAUGUGGCAGGACAUCAAAGUAAUUUGCAUGGAGGUCAGCUCAGUGUCAGUAAGGCUGUGAAGCACUAUCUUUCACAGGGUAUUCCCUCUCAUAAGAUUGUUGUGGGGAUGCCCAUCUAUGGGCGAGCUUUCCAAAACACCAAUGGUAUUGGGCAUCCAUUCCAGGGAAUUGGAGAGGGUACUUGGGAGCAAGGUGUUUAUGACUUUAAGAAGUUGCCUUUGCAAGGAGCUGUGGAGUACUAUGACUCUGAAGCAGUGUCAAGCUAUUCAUACGAUCCUGUCAAGCGUGAGUUGAUCACCUAUGACUCGCCGUUGGUGAUUGAUCGUAAGGCUGAGUAUAUUGCGAAGCAUCAACUGGGGGGAGCUAUGUUUUGGGAGUCGAGUGGAGAUCACCCACAUGAUCACGAUCGAUCAUUGAUUGGAGCUGUUAGCAAAGGACUCAGAAGACAUGCUCCCUUGGACAGUAGUCCAAAUCAUCUGAACUACCCAACCAGCGUCUAUGACAAUGUGCGUGCUGGUUUCCAGUAAAAGGAUG